AUGGCGGAGGUGGUUGACUUGGGUGCGUGUGACUGGCUGGGGUUUGACCUGGACCACACGUUGGUGCGCUACAAUGUGCCCGCACUCACAGACUUGAUCCACGAGUCUGUGGCAGCGUUCCUGGUGCAGUACCGCAACUACGACGCAGCCGCCUUCACCUCCAAAGCUGACCCGGCCUUCUUCGUCAAGGGCCUGCUGUUUGAUGCGGAGAAGGGCAACUUCCUUCGCCUACGCGCCGAUGGCCACAUCAUCGCCGCCUCCCACGGCACCCACCGCCUGAGCGCACAGCAGGCGCAAGCCAUGUACUCCGAAGCCGGGUCAAAGCUCCCAGUGCCACCGUCGUCGCCAGCGCUGCCUGGCUCCCCCACAACCCCACGCUCACGCUCCGGUUCUGGCGCACGCUCACGCUCCGGUUCUGGCGCGCGCCGUCUGCGCAGGGGACCGAGCCAGCACGUGCAGCCGCAGAGUCGCGGCCACCGCCGGGCAGAGGAGGAGGCGGAGCUGCGGACACACGCGCUGGCGGACAUCUGCAAGAUGCUGCUGGAGGAGGGCGUGAAGCACUCGCGGUUCUUCUACUUCAGCACGUUCUUCGACAUGCCAUCCGCCGCGGCACUGGCACAGGCCAUCGACGCCGUCGACGAGAAGCGGCGUCAGCACCACGCACACAACCCGCUCAAGCGCUCGAAGAACGGAGACGACGUGUCUGCCAAGCACAAGGAAGGCACCGCGCCAGCAACAACAGCAACGACACAUGGUGAUGGUGGUGAUGGUGGAACGACAGCAACGACAGCACCCACAUCUGCUGCGACGACCACAGCAACCACAGCAACUGCAGCAACAUCAGCAGCAACGAUGUCUGAUGCACCUGCGCACUGGUUUGCCGGCUCGUACACGCACGUGCUGCAGGACCUCAAGGACGCACUCACGCACAACUUCACGCCGUCACAGUUUGCCGUGAACGGUGGCUUCUUCUUUCCACAGCUCAAGCAGCACACGGAGCGGUAUGUGCACGUGGCAACAUCCACCCUCGUGCAGUGGUUGGCAGAUAUGCGGGCCAAUGCAGUGCGUCUCUUCCUGCUCACCAACUCACAUGUGGACCUCGCCACAUUCCUCAUGGACUAUUCCUUUGGCAAGGAGUGGCGUGCCAAGUUUGACCUUGUCAUCUUCGCCGGGGCCAAGCCAGGGUUCUUUGAGAAGAGCGAUAUCCGCACACGGGCAGCGUUCUUCACGCCCGUGGGGUGUAGCAACGUGACGGGACCGGAAGCAGAGGAGUUGCAGCUUGGUGGCGCAUACGUGCACGGGAACUACACCCAGCUCCAAGCAUUCCUGGACCAGCACCGCAACACGCACGCACACGCGCACGCACACACGGAAGCAGACACAAUGGCAGGCACGACCACAGACACAGCGGCGGCGCGUGACACCCAUGCACGUGUCAUGUAUUUCGGCGACCACAUCACGGGCGACAUUAUGGCAGCAGAGCGGCACACGUGCUGGCAGACAGUUGCUGUUGUGGAGGAGCUUGUCACCCUCAACCCUGCAGGCCCACCAGCAGCCCCAUCAUCACCAUCAUCACCAUCAUCGUCAUCGUCAACAGUGCGCUGCCCCGUGCAUCGGGCAGACACCGCCAUCGCAUCCUUCCUGCUCGACAGCCUUGAUCGGUGGGGUCAUCUCAUCCAUCCACACGAAUCCACAGCCGCCACGAGCACAGCCGACGACGGUGAUGGUGAUGGUCAAGGCAGCGGGCGCAACCCCGUGACCACGUCGACCCCAUCGCGCAAAGGGAAGCAGAUGCACGAGUGCACGCUGUUUGAGGCCGUGCUGCGAAACCACGCGGCGUUUGCAGUCCCGCACAUGGAGGCGCUUGUGUCGAGUGCAACGACCACGUUUGCAUCGUUUGCAGCGCACGACAGCACGCGUGGUGUGCACCACCACGACUACACGGUCACCGCAACCAGCGGAGGUGCAGAGAGCACGAAGCACAUGGACACGGCAGCGGAGUAA